UUCAAGCGAUUUUAGCUUCAACUUUCACUUUGAAAAUUAGAAAUCAAGAAAUAGAAGUUAGAAUAUGGAACACAAACAACUUGGAGAUGACGAAGCUAUUUCAAAUGGUAGGAAGUUAUUUUCUGAAAGUAAAGCAAAAUGUUCAAUAGAAGAAAGUAUCGGCCAGGUGUUAACAACAAAUUAUAUAAUUGUUGAACGUAUACUGAACGGUCUUUCAAUAUCUGACUUGAACACGUGUGCUCUUGUUUGUAAACUAUGGAACAUUGUGUCACAAACUAUCAAAAAGAAGCGACAUGACAUUUUUUGGAUGUUUCAGGUUGCAGAAUAUAGUGAUGGUGAUGAUGACAUUUUUAUUGAUGCUCACAUCAAUUCAACUGAUGAUAAACAGAAUUAUGUUUGUAGCAGAAAUGUUGGGGUUGGUGCCCACUUUUAUAAAAUCCUCCAUGAAGCCCCAGCAGAACCCAAGUUUGGAUUGCUGUUUUGCAAUGAUCGCUUUUUCUUUAAACCUCACCAAUAUUUUCUAGCUUUUGAUGUUUUUAAUAAUCUUCACCAUAGGAAAAAUAAGAGAAUUCGGACAGAGAAUGUUCAAAUGAAUCACUCGGGAAGAAUGCAGUAUAAUACACCAGUUAUGAACUUUUUGGCUAAAAGUUUUCCCCGUUCUUGCUACUUGUUCGCCUGUGCUGUUCCAGGAAUUGUGGGAACUCCUGUGGAUUGGUUAGCACCCAUAGAAGCAGAAGAGUAUCCUGGGUUCUCAGGUGUAUUCUUGCCAGACAUCCCUGGUGUAAAUGUCUACCCUUUCACAGUUACAGAACAUAAUCAAUUUCUGGCCAGCUUAAAUAAACGUAGCAAGCAUAAAGUUCAAAAGAUGGAAAUAUCACAAGUUACUGGCAUACCUAAUGAUGCUGAGGUGAAGUGUUUAUUAUUAUUUUUCAUGGAAGUUCUAGAGCAAGAUUGCCCCAUCCAGACACUAGUUGAACACUAUCUUGUAAAACAAGAAAAGAACAUUGCCCUUGGAGGAGCUAUUGUUCAUGAACUGGGAUUUCCUUUUAGAGUAGGUAAUGAAUCCCGUGCUAUUGGAGGGGGUGUGGCCUUUAGUGGUGAAAAUGUUCAAGCUGCUUCUGUGAUUAUUGAAAAGCAUGUAAAGACAAUCAAAGAAUUAGAAAUUAAAUUGAAAAAAUUGAAAGAAUGUAAUAUUCCUGGAAAAAAAUGUCUUGGUUUUAUGUUUGCUUGCUGUGGAAGGGGUGCUCUGUUUUAUCAAAAAUCAAACGUUGAGGCUACAGCCUUUCAUAAAGUCUUUCCUAAUGUGCCUCUGUUUGGUGUUUUUGGGAAUGGUGAACUAGGAAUAAAUUACCUUCCAAAGCAAACCAAAGAGAAGACAAAGGUAAAUUCUACAAUAAAAGGAAUUAGUGGCAGAACAUGGCUUCAUGCAUAUACAACUGUUUUUGUGCUACUGUCCUUUGAAAAUUAAAGAUUGAAUAUAACACCCGUUAUUGGAAAGUUUAUUACUGAACCUUGGUUUGUCAGACAGGAAAUGUACUGUAAGUUUGUGAAUCUUUAUAAAGAGACAAAGGCAGUAAGAAACUUGUAAUUGGAUAGUUCUAGAUACAUGAUUUAAUUUGUAGAGAUUUUUACAACUUGGAGUAUUGUUUUCUUAAUCUGAAAGAUUAAAAAAAACAUUAAGAUUUUUUUAA